AUGUCUGUUGAAUCAAAAAUAUUGUUUAAUGAUUUGCCUACUGAAAUUAUUUUUCAUAUAUUUGAUUAUUUAUCAAAUAAUGAUAUUAUUUAUACAUUCUUUUAUUUAAAUCAACGAUUAAAUAAUGUAUUAUUAAACAAUAAACGUUAUUUAAACUAUUUCGAAUUACCAACAACAAAUAUAAGUAUUUGGAAAAAUAUUCUUUCAAACAUAGUUUCACAAAUAGAAAUAUUAAAUAUUUCAACAAUUGAUAUAACAUUUCAAUUGUCAUUAUUUCCAAAUUUAAAAUCCAUCAUAAUAAGUUCAUCACAUGGUUUUCCAGAUGAAGAAUUAAUAUCAAUUAUUGAAUGUGAUAUAUUUAAAUAUUUACAUUGUUUAAUAAUAAAAGAAAAUAAAAUAUUUCCUGAUCCUGUUAGUGAGAAUUUUAUAAUUAAACAAAAUAUUAUUUUAAAAAAAAUUUUCAAUUAUAAAAAUUCCUUAAAAACUUUUCAAUAUUCAUCAGUAAUACCACCAUUAGCACAAACAGAUAUAAAUACAUUUCAAAUAUAUAUUUCUUUAUAUUCGUUAACAUUAAUAUUAACUGAUUUUAAAGAUAUAUAUUCAGUGAUUUUUUAUACACCAAAUUUAAAAUAUUUAAAUAUUCAAUGUGAAUCACCUUAUCAACAUCAUAAUCCAAUUAUCAAUAUAAAUAUAAAAUUAAAACAAUUUUAUUUAAAACUAAUACAAAAGUUAUCACCAUCUUAUGGACGAAGACCUUUUCAAAUUGAUUUUAAUCAAUUAUUCAAUUGUAUAAAACAGUUUUCAUCAUCAUUAGUUUGUUUAUCACUCGAUUUCGUUGAAUUGAAUAUUGAAACUGAAGAUGAAUUUCCAUUUAAUAGUAUCAAACUUCAACAACUGUUAGAAUCUAUGAGAGAACUUAAAAAUUUUUAUCUCUAUGCUAAAUUAUAUACGAAUUCUUAUAAUGCUAAUCAUAUUCUAUCAAAGUUUAAAAAUCAAUAUUAUCUUGAUCAUAAUUUAUCAUUUGGAAUGCAUUUAAAUUAUUUUUAUACAUUACCAUUUCAUUUUGACCAUCUUUAUGAAAUUUAUAAUAAUUUUAAUGAUAUUAAAUCAAAUCAUCCAGAAAUUUUUCAUUUGAUAAUUUUUCAUAAUUUCAUUCAUAUCUAA